AUGAGUACCAGUUGGUGGCCGCUAUGGGGCAGCCCCGAGCCCGAGGCGGUGAUGGAGGCCGCGCCGCCGCACCCGUACUACCCGCUCGGCGUGUCCGUCCCGGGCUACGCCGCUAACGAGUCGCCCGUGCCGGUACUGCUAGCAUCCUUCGCCGGCGUCCUGACCUUCGUCUUGGCCGGCGCCUCCGCCGUCGCCCUGCGCCUCAACCCCAGCCUGUCCAGGUCGAAUCUCGCCGUCUUCGCCUGGUUCGUCCUGAGCUACUUCGUCCUGAACCACGCGACGGUCGCGUCGUCGCAGGACGUGCUCGCGCAGCUAUGGAAGGAGUACGCGCUGUCAGACUCGCGCUACCUGACGUCGGACCCGUUCAUGCUAAGCGUCGAGGGCAUCACCUCGCUCGUCUGGGGCCCCCUCUGCCUCCUCAACGCCGCCGCUAUCGUCGGCCGCAGCCCCGCCCGCCACGUCCUCCGCAUCGUCGUCUGCGUCGCGCACCUCUACGGCGUCGCGCUCUACUACGCCACCAGUCAGGCCGACGCCCGCCUCGCCGGCCGCGAGCACAGCCGCCCCGAGACCCUCUACUACUGGGUCUACUACGUGGGCCUCAACCUGCCCUGGGCCAUCGUCCCCGCAGUCCUCUUGUACGAUAGCGCGCGAACUGUCACGAGGGCGCUGCGGGCCUUGGACAAGGCUGAGGCCGUGCUAGACGCCCACCGCAGCAGGGUAGAGGAUACUGUCGGGUCUAAGAAGACAAAGUAA